AUGAGUAAUACAGAAGAAUUUGAUGUCAAUGACCGACUAACAUUGCCAGCUAUUCUGGAGGAUCCACAGUCACAUUUCUGUGUGUGUCCCAGUCACACACCAUUAAUUGAUUCAAAACAUACUGAAUCUUACUUCUUGGCCAUCGAAAAUUCGCUACCUCAACCUCGUUUUAUUUCAUCAACAAAUGAAGUUCACACAUCAAAAGGUAUCCCAACACGGUCUGUGAGACAUUUUGUUCAAUCAUCAUCCAACAACGUAAAAGCACCAAUAUUGAAUAAUCAUUCAUCAUCAUCUCAACAAUAUUGCCUAAGUUGUCAGCCAUUGAGGACAACGGCUGUUCAAGGUGGUAAUAUACAACCGUUUAACUUGUCUAAUAUGAUUCAAUUAGAAAUUGUUGAUGGUAAGCCAAAAGUUAUUCGUCAGAGUGAAUCAUCUGUACCAACGAAACCACCAAGAAGUUUCGAAUCUCUAUUAACUCAUUCGACCGCUGAUGAUAUUAAUAAUAGUAGUAAUGCUGCUCUUUCAGUACCUAUUAAUAACAAACGAAAGAAUCUUACUCAAGGUACAAAUCGACCUCCACCUCCAUAUAUUUCUGAAAACGACAAAAAAGAUAUCGAUUCGUUGGUUAAGCAUGUUGUUGUUGAGCUUCUUUCUGAGCUAUAUUACGAUCGAUCGUUUUCAACAACAUCGCAUUUAAAAGCGCGACGAUAG